CACCCGCCCGACGAACACCUGCCUCAGCUCGACCAAGAUGGCCCCCUCUUCGACUUCUACCCACCCCGUACAGACGCCCCGCCUGAACAACGCAUCUCCACUUCGCUUAGCUCGAAAUCCCACCUCCAACAAGCUGACGGGUUUGGCACACUUCCCUCGCGAGCAUCUCAACCUGACUCGGUGCGCUCGCACCGCUCAUUGCACGGGGAUGCGAUAGCCACGCCACCGAAUAACGGCGGGUAUGCGGACGAGCCGCAGCAGUACGGGCCACAACCGAUGACGGAUCGGCAGUCGCGUCUCCCGCCGCCCCCGCCGCAGGCCAAUUAUUCAGACGAAGACCAGGGCGGCACACCGUCUCCCGCCGCAGACGACGACGACUUCUUUUCUCAAAACCAGCAUGGGUACGAGCAGCCGUACAUCCCUCCCUCGAUCUCUGGACGCUCGCAACACGACUCUUCGCCCCAGCCGCAGGCCCCGUUGCUAGACCAUUCUCACCUUCGCCCAGGUAACCAGGCCGCUCUUCUUAGUCACGAACGGACUCUUGAGCUCUACCGUGCAAAUGCGAAGAAGACGCAGGACCCGGAAAUUCAGUUCGAAUUUGCAGUGUUCAUGAUUGAUGCCUCCAAAUCAAUGCCUAUUCCAGCCGAAACGCCAAGUAAUGUUAUGGAAGUUGAAAAGGCUCUGGAAAAACGGGACGACCUAAUUCGUGAAGCUAUUACUCUACUGAAGCGACUGGCUGACCGCGGCCAUGGACCAUCGCAAUAUUUCCUGGCAGACUGCUAUGCUAAUGGCAUUGGAACAGCGAAGGGCAAACAAGAUUUCGACCGUGCUUAUCCGAUGUUCGUUCUCGCUGCUAAACAUGGACAUCCUGAUGCUGCCUAUCGAGCAGGUACCUGCUGUGAGAAUGGCUGGGGCUGUCGGCGGGAAUCUGCCAAGGCUGUGCAAUUUUUCCGGAAGGCCGCCGCGUCUCUUCAUCCCGGUGCCAUGUAUCGUCUAGGCAUCGCAGAGUUGAACGGGGAACUCGGACUUUCAAAGCGCCCAAAGGAAGGUGUGAAGUGGCUUAAGCGCUCAGCCGAACACGCAACAGCAGAGUUCCCUCAUGCACUGCACGAACUUGCUUUGUUGCAUGAAAGGGGCAUUGAUAACGUUGUCUUCGUUGACUACGAAUACGCAGCCGAACUACUGGCACAGGCCGCUGAACUCGGUUAUGCACCCAGUGCCUACCGACUAGGGGAAUGCUACGAAUACGGAAAGAUGGGGUGCCCACAGGAUCCCGCACUGUCAAUACAUUAUUAUAACAUUGCUGCUCAGCAAAGCCACCGGGAUGCGUGCUUCGCACUGACCGCUUGGUACCUGGUUGGAUCACCGGGUGUACUGCCUCAAUCUGAUACGGAGGCAUUCUUGUGGGCGCAGAAAGCUGCUGAGGCAGGGCUGGUAAAGGCAAUGUAUGCUGUGGGAUACUUCCUUGAGGUGGGGAUAGGUACGGCGCCCAACAUGAACGAAGGGUUGCAAUGGUACAAGAAGGCGGCCGAUCAGGGUGACAAGCGGGCACAGCAACGACUCAAAGCUCCGCACAGUGGACCAAUCCCUCAGCCUGGCGGACAUGGUGCUGUAUUGCGCAGGGAAGGACCAGGAAGUCCAGGGGGCAUGACAGGAUCAAAGUCGGGGAAAGACAACAAGGACUGCGUGAUCAUGUAAAAAACGAUGAUUGCUUCCGUAUCUCCCAGCCCUGCCAUUAAACUCCGUACCUUCCUCCUCCCGGACUAUUCUUUGCUUCCCGCUACAUUCAUCCAUACACACGGACACGCACUGCCUCGCUUCUCUACCUGUUCGCCAUACAUACAUAAUUCUCGGUCUGCCGCCCCUCGAACUGUUCCUUUGUCACAUAGCUUCUUUUCAUGCGCUGCUACAUAGAGUAUUCCACCCAGUAUAGUUUAUCUCCCGGUUAGUACAUUUCUGUCGGAUUCGGACACAUCAUCGCCUGUAUUCCCCAACCCAUCUGCUAUCAUUCAUUUUCUAUCUCUAUCAUUCAAAUUGCAUUGUUUGGUUUUUAUGGAGAAUAUAAUUUCUGG